ACAGCUUCGAGUUCAUUGGACAUUCAGACUCAAGAAAUUAAGCGUGGCUUGAAUCUCGCUUCCACUCUGCUGGAGAACCUCUUGGCAUAGAGCGUAGUACAAAGCCCCCUCCAUCAAUGCCUCUUAGUCCCAAGAGCUGCCGCCUCGACCGACAACGGUAACACACAGUUUUUAUAGCCCCAUCCCAACGAACUGUACUGCUUGAUCGUUGGGAGCAACGAUUGAAGUGUUGGUGCAUCGUCUCAUUCUAUAAAGUCUUUGGCAUAUCUCCAUCGCCCAGAUUUUCCUAACCGACCGCCCUAUAUUAUCACUUCCAUUACUGCUACCAUUUUGGAUGGAUCUCAAAAGUCAUGUACAUUAUGAGUAACCCGAAAACGAUGCAUAUCGAGCUCCGGGUUCAACAAGCGUCCGAGGAUAGAAACCCUAUGGCCAUUUCAAGAAUGCUGAACCCCUCGAAGGAUGGAGAGUCAUCUCGUGAAGGCAGUUCAAGGGCAGUCUCAGAUUUGUUAAAUGGUCUGUCGAUAUUGCCCGCACCGAGAGCCCAGCAAUCAACUCUCAAUGAACGUGAUACAUAUUGGAGACAGCAUCGAAUUCCAUUGCGCGCCAUCAGCCCAAGAAGCCAAUACUCUAGUCGUCGAAGCUCGAGUUUCGAUUAUGGCCAUCGAAAUAAACGGUCACCAGUCCAUCGGUACACUCAAUUACGAUCCCCUCGACAAAGAAGCUACCAUUCAACAUCGCCGCCUGCUUCAUCGUCACAAAAUCACGCCCAAGAUCAUCAUCAUGCUGGUUCUCAGAGGCCUCCUCACUCCAACAAAGCCUACACGCAAGAGCAGGUAGACUGGAUGCGGUUCUUCCAUGACGAUCUUGGAAACGCUUGGAAAUCUCUUCCUGUCAAAUUUCAGGAAGAGUUCUCAACAGAAACGCGGGAUUCCGAUCAAUGUUUCUCAUCUCGAUACUACCGAGACAAUCAAGUUCCAGAGCAUAAUGACUGGGAGCCAAUUUUGGGCAGCGAUGGCAGACCAAGGCUGAUGCCUGCUAAGGUUCGACAAAGACAAACACCAGAGGGUCGAGCACUCGAUAUUCCUUACAAGCUUGUCGAAAAACAUCCAGAGCGAGCCCUCACCUACUCAUGGGUUGGACGCGGUCACAAAGAGGCUGCGAGAGAUAUCCUCCGAAUGGACGCGCUGUUGGAUCGAGGUGUCAUCGCUGAAUCGGACCAAAAGAGCAGUAAGUCAUAAAACAUAUUUCCGUAGAUGAGCCAUGUGUUAACGUACUCCAGAAAAAUGGCGUUGGCGAAAACUUAUUCGAAACCUUGAAGCAGCGAAUUUAUUGUAGAACAAAAAGUGGAGUACCAAAUUGAGGGCUUGUCAAUGGCGUAGGCUCCAGGGUUUGGCUUUCUGGUUGGGUUUGGCGUCAGGGUUGGAGUUGGAGUCAUCGUGUUUUAGUUUAUUGGAACGUUUGUAGUUGCAAU